GCCUUUGGCAACCAACCAACUCUGACUCGAAUUUGGAACAUGAAAACUUUUUGAUGGAGGCGGUGCAGUUGUCAGCGGCCGCCCCUGCGAAUAAAAGCAACGACUGAACUCACUCAAUGUUUUGCAUACACUGAGCAUAAUCUCACACUCUGAGGUCGUUUUGGUUUUUGGUUUUUUUUUUAAUAAAGAAAACCACAACCAUCGCAUGCAAUUGCUUUACGAAGUUCUCUACCAGGGAGGCAGGGGAAACCCGAGCGACUUUCUUGACGUCCGGAUUUCAAACAUAAAAAACGACGUGAAAAAUGGCCCCUGACCUCUCAUCAAAUUGGAAGCAACUCCAGGCCAAGAUAAAGGGAGAGUCGGCGGCCCCAAGGAAGGCCGCUAAAAGGAAGCCAAUAGAGGACGUAUCGCCACCGGAAGCAAAGGGUCAAGCCAAGAAAAGACUGAAGACGGCGCAGCCACUGCAAGGCAACCAAUCUACCAAAAGGCCUGUAUCAGCGACGAGCAACACUCCUGCUGCCAAGAAAAGCAGGAGCGGCGGCAGGUCAUCCAGCAUGGGCGUUUCUCAAAGCUCCAAAAUCACAUCUGCCGUUGCCCCAACUACCAUGGCGCCUUCGCUCGCCGUAUGGGCCCAGGACAACGACAUCUCUCCUGAACACGUCGCAGAGGCGUACGGCCUGGGCCUCAAGGCGACAACCGCUUCCGGCACCGGCUCAGGGACUCUGUCCCGUCCCAAUGCAGGUCUCACCCCGGGACUUCAGCUGGGCAAGUAUGUCGGCAUCGACUGCGAGAUGGUCGGCAUCGGCCCGGGCGGGCAUGAGUCGAUCCUAGCGCGCGUCUCGGUCGUUGAUUUUCACGGAAACCAGGUCUACGACUCGCUGGUGCGUCCUAGACCAGGAGUCGUCGUCACUGACUGGCGCACACAUGUGAGCGGUGUGAGCGCACGGGACAUGCGAUUUGCGCGGGACUUUGACGAGGUUCAGACGCAGGUCGCGGAGCUGCUGCGUGGGAAGAUAGUGGUCGGUCACGAUAUCAGGCACGAUCUGGCAGUGCUGGGGCUCGGACACCCACCGAAGGACGUCCGGGACACGGCCAAGUUCUCUGGGUUUCGGAAGUACGGCAACGGGCCCAAGCCGGCGAUGCGCAUCCUGGCUAAGGAGAUCCUGGGCUUGGAGAUACAGGACGGCCAGCACUCGAGCGUGGAGGAUGCGAGGGUGGCUAUGCUGCUGUUCCGCAGGCACAAACCCCAGUUCGAUGUGGAGCACAUGAACCGAUACCCAGGUGCCAGCGGCGGUUCUUCAUCGAAUAAAAAGACAACGAAGAAGAAGCGGAAGAAUUGAAACGUCUGUCGUCUUCGACUAUUUAGAACCAACAAGCGAAGCCAUUUCUAUCUCAAAGUCUAAAGGUGGCUAUUACCACAAAACCCAGGAGCAAUAUACAAAAUCAUAGCGGGAUUCCCUCCAUCAGUUCCAGGGCACCCUCGCGUCCGACCGCUAUUAUCACGUCCCCAAGCGUCUUUGUGAGGAAGCCAGCCUCGCAAUAGGUAAAAUAGUACUGGAGGCAGCGUUUUGCGUUAGUUUAAUGACGCAGACACGGAACGCGGCUGGGUACGCUCAUCGGGAUAGCGGAAGGGGAACUUUGGCGGGGAUUCCCUUACCUCCCACUUGUUCUUAAAAACAGCAAUCGCCUCAUCUGUCAUGCCCGCGUGCUCGGUCUUGAGCGCAGGCUUGAUCUUGGAGUCAAAGUUUUCUAGGAACGCCUCCUUCCAUAGACGCAGGGUUUUGCUGUAAUGCCCGCCGAUAUUUUCGACACCCUCGACAAUCAGAGUCCCCUGGGAUUCUUUGCUGAUGUGGUUCAACAACUGUGUGAUCGAGGGGAGGUAACCACCUGGGAAAAUAUAGUGGUUUAUAAAGCUGUUUGGGAGGUUUCAUGGUCAGCCACGGAAAUCUUCUCCAAGCAAUCAUACAAGCUUACUCUUCGCUCUUGGAGUAAGCCUCAUGUCGGCCUUCUGGCAUCGUGAUGCACUGAAACAUGGCAAUACCACCAUCUUUCUUCAGUAACCUGUCGAUGCAGGCAAAGUACGUGCUAAGGAAUUCCUGCCCGACCGCUUCGAGCAUCUCGAUCGAGACUAUCUUGUCAAACGGCCGACCCUCUGGUGCCUCCAGCGCUCGGUAGUCCUUUAGCAGAACCUCGAUCCGGUCAGAGAGCCCAGCGUCGGCUAUCCUAGCCUCCGCCAGCGCCUUUUGCUCCUUGGAGAGGGUGAGACUGGUGACACGGCAGCCCGUCGCCUUGACAGCCUCGAUGGCGAAGGAUCCCCAGCCGGUUCCGAUUUCCAGCACGUGGUCUGUCGAUUUGAUGCGUGCUCCAGUGAUGAACCUGCGCAGUUUGGUCAACUGUGCUGCUUCGAGAGACUCCUCCUGCUCGUCGGAUCCGUCCGUGACCGAUUUCCAUACUGGGCACGAGUAGGUCAUGUCCGGGGAGAGAAACGCAGCAAACAUCUCAUUGCUGAUGUCGUAAUGAGCCGAGAUGUUUAGUAGGGAGUUGGACAGGGUGUUGGUCGUCCUGGCAAGGCUGGUAAUGGCUCCAGAUAUAGCUGAGAAGCGCGUCGUGCCGUUGCCCAUCUGGUCUCGGUUCACAAUGAAUAGCUACAUCUCUACAAUGUCAAAAUGAUGGAAACCCCCUAGAAACGCUUACUCUAUCGACGCAAGGGGUAAACUGACCUGGAAGAAAGACGUCAGGUCGGCACAUUCAACGUCGCCGAGCAUAUAAGCUUCGGCCAACCCCAUAUCGGCGAACAAGAACAAGCGCAUCCAGAACGCAUCGCGCUUGACCACGAGCUCAACGCGUGGGAUAGUCGUAGCCUUCCGCACACCACUAGGCCGGGUUGGGAGCGGCUCCUCGUCCAGCUUGGUCCCGUUGCUCCUAUCCGGCAGCUUCUGGCCGUAGACGAUCCGACGGCCGCCCGGCUCGUCGACCAGCAGUAGAGUCCCAAUCUCGAUCUGCGAGAAGACGGCCUCAACCGCCGGUCUGGCGAGGGCCAUUGCCGGGCCCCAGGUCAGGCUCCCGAGCGACUCGCGCAGGACCUCGGUGCCCCUGGCGACGGGCCCGGUGAUCGCAGCCGGUAUGUAAGCCAUGGAUCCGUUGUGUCACAAAAGGUGCUUCCCAGCGAACUGUUCUGCGGCGUCCAAAAGUUGGAUGCCGGAUGUGCAGGAACCAGAUUGUCCCUCGUAUCCUUCGCGCGUAAUCAGGUAUGAAUCGAAAUGGCAAAAAGAGCGAACCGGCUGGCUGUGUGGGAAAAUGCCAAGCAAAAGCCGCAGGAUGGCUUUAGACUUAUGUUUUGCGCACCACGUGUUAUAACAAUCAACAAAGCACGGAAUGUAUGAGAUCUGAACAAAAUUAGGGGUGAAAAAAGGUACAGCUCGCGCUGAGGCGUGCAGUAGACACUAAUAUCUAGCUCGACCAAGCUAGACUAAGGGGAGAAACCUCGGGACGAACGGAUGAUCUAUGUCACUUUGGUAGCGGAAUUAGGGAAAGGCUGGAACAACUUUCUCGUAGGAACAUAACCGCAUUGGAUUUGCUAUUUUUUUUUUUUUGUUCAUUGACAGACGGGACGAAGGUGCUGCACGCUUGACUGAGACAGGGCAAGGGGCCGAGCUUCUCUUCGGGAGGGGGAUGGGACGGUGUCAAGGACUAGGCUUGCAGGGAUAAAGCUCCGGGAUAACAAAGAUCUUGAACGGAGAGCAGUUUUUUGACUUGCCUUGGUUGAUUAUCAAACGCAAGGGCAUGGGAGUCAGGCAAAAAACAGCAGGAUGAAAUACGGUAGAGCGCCGUUAGAAAGAUAGCGCCCCCACAGAAUCGGCACUAACUGCUGAAGGAUCAACUUGGGUACAAUUGCAUUCCGAGUCAGUAAAUUAGCUGCGAUUUUUUUCGGCUUUGGUGCGGUCUGGCCGUGUUUAAAACAGUGAACCAUUAAAUAUCAAUGACGAGCAUAAGCCGGACAAGACCAGAGUAGCGGAUAGGCUCAACAAAAGCAACGAGAAGUUUGACUCCUUUCUUUCGUAUACCGUUG